UACAGGAAUUCAGCUAUUUGUUUUUCUCGGAGAUCUCCAGGGUCAGGUCAGCCUUCCCAAGCAGCUAUGCGGGGAUAUGAAGGAGAUGAAUAUGAUGAUUCGUAUUUGGAUGAGUAUGAGACUGAAGGUGAAGAGGAAGAGGCUGGUGAAGAGGAAUAUGAGGAUGAAGAGCCUCAACAGCCUUCACAGGAGUUGUUAGAGUACCUGGAGCUGAGGCAACGGUUAAAAGAUGAUAUCAGGAAGCAGAGGAAGAAAGAACUAGGUGGUGGUUCUCGUGAUUUUAAAAAGAAUGCAUCAUCCAGGGAUAAUUUUGGUUCCUUCUUUGGACCUUCACAGCCUGUUAUCUCUAACAGAGUGAUCCAAGAAAGCAAGUCUCUACUGGAGAAUCCAAAUCUGGCAGCUAAAGUCAUGAAAUCUAACCAUUCGCAGAGCAAUAAGAGUGUUGCUUCAAAACCUGCAAAACCUGCAGGAUCAAGAGCUUCCACCAGCAACCAUGCACCAAAAGUCACAAAUGGGUUAAAAAGAAAGAUCGAUAUGGUAAAAAAUACAAGGGACUAUUCGUUUCUAUUAUCUGAUGAUGCUGAACUUCCUGGUCCAUCAAGAGGUUCUUUAACUCAGAAAGUGUCUGCCCCUUAUUGUGAUGCACGGUUCGGAAAGCAGACUUCAAGUGAUAGUGGGAGAAAGCUUCUAGAUGAUCGUGAAAUGAGAAGAGACGGCCAAAGGCAACCUAAAGCUGUGAUUCAAAAAUCGGUGUCUAUUAAUAAACCGACUCAACAAAUGUUAGACUCUAGGAAACAGUUCGGUAGCAGUAAUGGAAGUGGGCCUGGACGGCCGCCUUUGCGGCCAAAAGGGGCGUCCCCCAAGGUUACUGGGGCACCAGGCUCCAAGAGUACUGUGCCUGCUUCCCACAGGCCAACCCCUUCAAGAGUGCAACCCGCUGUACCAAGGCAAUCUUCGGUACAGAACAGGCUACCACUGGAAUCUGGCAAGUCAAAAGUGAUGUCAAAACAAGGUGUCCCUGUCUCCAAACCUCAGGCGGUGAUUCAGAAACAACAAGCUUCCUUGGCUAGACCUCAGAUAAAACCACCACCUCCUAGAAAUGUAGCACGUCCCUCGGACGAUAGACGCCCAGCACUUCAGCAAAGAGAUGAAAGGCGCCCAUCACUUCCGCAAAGGGAUGAAAGGCGCUCAUCACUUCAGCAAAGGGAUGAAAGGCGCCCAUCACUUCAGCAAAGGGAUGACAGGCGUCCAUCGCUUCAGCAAAGGGAUGACAGGCGCCCAUCCCUUCAGCAAAGGGAUGACAGGCGCCCAUCCCUUCAGCAAAGGGAUGACAGGCGCCCAUCCCUUCAGCAAAGGGAUGACAGGCGCCCACUUCAGCAAAGGGAUGACAGACGCCCAGCACUUCAGCAAAGAGAUGACAGGCGCCCAGCACUUCAGCGAAAAGAAGAGAGGCGCCCAGUUCAUCAACAAAAAGAUGAUAGACGCCCAGCAAGAAAACCAACGAGAUAUGAUGAAGAAGAUGAUGGAGAACAAGCCAUUAGUAUGAUUAGGGAGAUGUUUGGGUAUAAUCCAAAUAGGUACCGUGACGAUGAUGAUGUUAGUGAUAUGGAGGCUAAUUUCGAUGAAAUUUUGAAGGAAGAAAGGCGGAGUGCAAAAAUAGCAAGGGAAGAGGAUGAAGAAGAACUCCGGAAGAUAGAAGAAGAAGAAAGGCGGGAGCGACUGAGAAAACAAAAGAAGCGCAAGUUGAGCCAUCAAUGACAAAGAUAAAUUGUUCUUUACUUUGUCGAUAGGCACCUUUAGAAGGGUGUUGUAGCAUUGUUUUUUUUUCUGUCUUGCUGGUUAUAGGGCAGGAUAAUGAUGUGGGUUGAGGUGGAAUUGUACAGUCUCCCCCUUAAGUUUUGAAUAGAUGUUGUAACUAUUGGUUUAUUUGUUGGGGCGUAAUUGUUCAAUUAGUUUAUGGGAAGAUCUUUUUUCUUAUACUUUGCAGCAA